AUGGGAGAUAUCGUGGCAUCUAAGGAUAUCCUGUUUGACAAUGAGCGUGAGCUAACAACGACGAUCCAUGACCCAUCAGUAUCCAGCGCACCGGAUCUAGACAAGAUUUGCAGUUUGCUAUUCAAAUCAUGGCAGCAAAUGGGACACGGACACGGACUGCCGGCUGAGGGAAAUAGGAUAUUGAUAUUGUUCGAAGUUGGGUCUGCGCAUCCCAAUAAAAGAUUGUGGACGACUCUCAUCAACCCGGAAGCAUUUGUUAUUGGAAGCCAUGAGGAAAGAAGCAGAAUGGGUGAAGAACGUUGA